UGAGAGGGACCCGGUCCCCCAGUGUCCAGAAGGUGGGAAAGACGCCCCCGUCCCUCCCGGAGUCCGGAGGGCCUCCGGGGCGGGGCGUUACUAGGCCAAAGGUUGCAUAGCAACGGAGGGCCGCGCGUGACGUGCGCCGCGGUGUUUGGGCCCGAGGCGCGCGCCCGCCCGCCCGUUCCCUCGUAGGCUCGCGCCCCGCGUCGCCUCCUGGUUCGGUCGUCUGGUCCCGCUUCUGUGAGGCGGACACUCAGCAGACUCGGUGCCUGCCGGCUCCCUCCCCCGCGUCCCUGCUGUUGCCGCGGCGAAGAUGGCCUCAGGAGUGCAAGUUGCCGACGAAGUGUGUCGCAUCUUUUAUGACAUGAAAGUUCGCAAGUGUUCCACACCAGAAGAAAUCAAGAAAAGAAAGAAGGCUGUCAUUUUUUGUCUCAGUGCAGACAAGAAGUGCAUCAUUGUAGAAGAAGGCAAAGAGAUCUUGGUUGGAGAUGUUGGUGUGACCAUAACCGACCCUUUCAAGCAUUUUGUGGGCAUGCUUCCUGAGAAAGAUUGUCGCUAUGCUUUGUAUGAUGCAAGCUUUGAAACCAAGGAAUCCAGAAAAGAGGAGUUGAUGUUUUUUUUGUGGGCACCAGAGCUAGCACCUCUGAAAAGUAAAAUGAUCUAUGCAAGCUCCAAGGAUGCAAUCAAAAAGAAAUUUCAAGGCAUAAAACACGAAUGUCAAGCAAAUGGGCCAGAAGACCUCAAUCGGGCCUGUAUUGCUGAAAAGCUAGGUGGAUCCUUAAUUGUAGCUUUUGAAGGAUGCCCUGUGUAGAUCAUCAUUCAGUGCCACAGAUCGAAAGCUUCCAUGUUUCAUGUUAUUCUCUUGCUAUAUAAUAAGUAAAGCAAAUAUAUUUAGGCCAGGGUCUCACUGAAGGGGAGCUGUCUUGUCUGCUGUUAGGGUAAACUAAAUAUUCUAUAAACAUGUGCAAACAGCCCUAAAUAAAUCUAAAAUCUAAAGUUUUAUUGGUGUGAAAUUAAAUUCUUAUUGGCCAAAUGCCUAUUUUGGUGAGUUAGCUUGUAAAGAUUACUAAGCUCAUAAUUUUUAAUAAUGAAGAUCACAAAACAGUACAAGAUCAAAUGAAGAGAAUUAUUUCAUCUUUGUUAACCUCAGCAAUUAUUUUGUUUCUUUAGCUUAGAGAAUUGGUCAUAUCUGGUUAUAAUUUUGGCCCAAAUUCUUUCUUCUUUCUUGAGCUAAACUGAAUAAUGGAAAAUAAUUCUCACAACCUGUAAUAACACUAAUAUACUAAUUACAGUAAGAUUAAGUCAGGUGGUCUUUUAAUUCUACCAGAUGUGUAAUGGAGACUGUCUCAGAAUUGUGUACACUUAUAAUCAGCGCUGAUCUUGCAAAGCACUAUUUCAAGCACGUAGUUGGAAUACAGGAAGCAACUUCCUACAUCUGGGGUGAACUCUCCACUUACUAGUUGGGAGACUGUCCUGAGAGUGACCUUGCAUCUUGCGAAUUAUGGUGUGUCCUCAGAAGAAUGUGCAAUAUCUUGUAACAACCAAUUAUAAUGCAAAUUAGGGCUCCAUUGUAAUAUGUUUUGUUCAUGAAAAUGAUGAAAUGGAAUAUUGAUAAGCUGGGACACUGGUGAUAUCUGUCUCCUUCAGAACUUGUUGCUUCUGGUACAUAAGGUAUGGAAGAACAUUAGAUAUAUGUUUAUUCUGGGGCCUGGGACAACUUCUUAAUCUCCUGGAGCAGUUUGUCAACUGUGUGUGAAAUUGGGAGCAGGUAUGACAAGUGAUGACACACACAGGAAAGCCACUACCUGAUGACACUUGGAAGUGAUUGUCUUUAACAUCACAGGCAUAACACUUUGAACAAUAUAGAGAUGCACAAACAGUUGAACUUAGAAGUAGCUGUAUUGGCUUUAUGUAAUAAAUGAAGCAUUUUUAACUUA